AUGGUGUGCCAACAUAGUUUGGAGACUGCCAACGACACAGAGGGGUCGGUCGUCCUGACUGUGCAGUUAUGUAACCUGGGGGGGCAGAGUAGCGUGGAUGUGACCGGGGGACAGUGUGCCAAGACAGACGUGAAGGACAAAGCACCACAGGGCACAGAGACGCUGGCUCUUCUGCUGAUCAUUUUAAGUACCGGACAGCGCCACGCGCGCGAGCGUAAUGGACCUAGGGGGCACAGAAUUCAGUGGGAGAGCAACGGUCAAAUGUACAGUUUACUGAGCAGCGGGUCCAAGUAUCAUUCUCCGGCGGCACCUAGGAGCCGUACGCAGUUCUUUUUGACCAGACACCUGUCUCCGACACCUCGACGCCCGACUUCUAGAAACCCAGCUAGGACUUCUCAUCGCGCAUUACAGUCUGAUUCUGCCUCUGAGCUCACUCGCGAAUCUGAAGCCCACGUUUCAAGUCCUGAAGUCAGCCACUUUUUUAGCGCCAGUGGUCCCUUAACGGACGAAAGUAAUCGCCCCUUGCCGCUUCGCAGGGAGGCAGUGACCACCCAUCGAGGAGAAAACCUAUUUACCCAAGACGCUGUGGUAAGCAGCAUAUCGGUUGUCAGGACUACGGUGACACCUUCAGAUUUUUCUGGAAACGGAGUUUCGAGGAGACAGCACGCAGAUGUAUCGGUUCCAGAACGGAUACCCUUGUCACCACAGGUUUCAGUAUCGACAACAUCGGGUCGCGGAAUAUCGACCGAAAGACCAAUGACCGGGCGACGGAAUGAUUCAAGGGAAGGUGGAGGUCCACUAGGAACUAAUAAUGCCUCGGGGGGCAGUCACACCUACACAGCAGAACCAGUUGAUUCCAAUCCCCCGAGAAACCUAAUGGUUUCCAACACUUCUCCUCCUUCACUGGCCGAUGACAAUGUAGACACACGUACUAUUCAGGCACUGCCGGGACAGGCAGGGGAAAGAGACGACAUAGUAAGUGAGGACGGUCGAAACCCCGAUUCCAGCAGCAGAAACUCUGUUUUCUACAACCUGUACCCCCCAGUCGGCAGAAACAGGGGUUUGUCGCGUCAGCCAGCAGGAUCUGGUUUAGGCACCAGACAUUUUCUUGAUGGUCUACCCGACCUUAUCCCCGAUCCCUACUACAUACAAGCUGCCUCUUACAUUCAGCGCGUGCAGAUGUACGCGCUCCGAUGUGCUGCUGAAGAGAACUGCCUAGCACGGUCAGCGUACAGGUCGAGCGUGCGAGACAUUGACUACAGGGUGCUGCUUCGGUUCCCCCAGAGGGUGAAGAACCAGGGAACGGCCGAUUUCCUCCCCGUCAAACCGCGGCACGAGUGGGAAUGGCACAGCUGCCAUCAACAUUACCAUAGCAUGGAGGCUUUCAGCAACUAUGACCUGCUGGAUGUCUCGACGGGUGAAAAGGUCGCUGAAGGUCACAAAGCUAGUUUCUGUCUGGAAGACACGAACUGUGACCCGGGGGUUCGACGCCGGUAUGCCUGCACGGCUCACACACAGGGUCUGGGCCCAGGUUGCUAUGAUACCUACCAUGCCAACAUUGAUUGCCAGUGGAUUGACAUCACAGAUGUUCCCCCAGGAAACUAUAUCCUGAAGGUCACGGUGAACCCAGGUUUCCUAGUACAGGAAUCUGAUUUCUCCAACAACGUGGCGAGGUGCAAUAUCAGGUACACAGGGACUUACGUACAGGCGAACAACUGUAGGAUAACAGGGUAA